AAGGCAUUUUAUGCCUACAAUAGAAGAUUUUUUGCCUAGAUUUACAUCGGCUAAAAUCUUUAGUAGAUUAGACAUAAAGGAUGCAUUUCACCAGGUGGAACUGGAUGAGAAAUGUAGGUACAUAACAACAUUCAUAACCCAUAUGGGCCUAUUCAGGUACAAACGACUCAUGUUUGGUAUUGUGAUAGCACCGGAGGUUUUUCAGAAAAUUAUGGAGCAGGUGUUAGCAAAAUGCAGUUCAAAUGCAGUCAAUUACAUUGACGAUAUUUUGGUUUUCGGAAAAUCUGAGAGGGAACAUGAUGAGGCCCUACGAGCGGUUCUGGACGAGAUACGGAAACAGGGCAUAUUAUUAAAUCAGGAAAAAUGCGUAUUUAAAGUACCGGUGAUCGAAUUUCUAGGGCAUAGAAUUUCGAGUCACGGCAUCGAACCCACAGAAGGAAAAAUUGAGGCGUUGCGAAAAUUUCGGGCACCUUCUUCCGCAGAAGAAGUUCGAAGUUUUUUAGGCCUAAUAACAUAUUUAGGAAGAUUUCUGCCAAACCUGGCAACAAUAACGGCACCACUACGCGAGUUAACACAUAAAGGAAUCAAGUUCGAAUGGGGGAAUAGUCAAAAAGGAGCAUUCGAGAAAUUGAAAACAAUGGUGGCGGACGUAAAACUCUUACAUUUUUUUGAUAAUUCCAUGAGAACAAGAGUUAUCGCUGACGCUUCGCCGGUUGCAUUAGGUGCAGUACUAGUUCAAUUCGAGGGCUCACAAGACGAUCUACCUAGACCAAUAGCGUAUGCUAGUAAGAGUUUGACAGAUACUGAACAGCGUUACUGCCAGACAGAGAAAGAAGCUUUGGCAUUGGUUUGGGCGGUAGAGAGGUUUGCUCCGUACUUGCUAGGACGUAUCUUUGAAUUGGAAACGGACCAUAAACCGUUAGAAGUCAUUUUUAAGCCCUCAUCACGUCCAUGUGCCCGUAUUGAAAGAUGGCUGUUGAGAUUGCAGUCUUUCAAUUACGUGGUAAAAUACAGGAAAGGCUCAAAUAAUAUAGCGGAUCCAUUAUCGCGAUUGGUGGAUAAUAAAGAGGGAAUUCCAUUCGAGCAGGAAAAUAAACAUAUGAUAUGGGCCAUAAUGGAAUCGGCAGCCAUAGACGUACAGGAGUUAGAAGACGCUGCCAAGAUAGAUGAAGAAUUAUUGAAGGUUAGAGAUAGCCUCCAAUCUGGUAGCUGGAACGAGGUAGAAACCAAACCAUAUGCCCCUUUCAAAGAAGAGCUAGGUAUGGCGGGGGAUAUGAUUAUUAGGGGUAACAAACUAGUUGUACCGAAAGCGCUACGGCCAAGGAUGUUAGAGCUAGCCCACGAGGGACACCCGGGGGAGUCCGUCAUGAAACGCCGAUUAAGGAAUAGAGUUUGGUGGCCCGGAAUGGAUCGAGAGGUUGCAAAACACGUUGUUGGAUGCGAGGGAUGUCGUCUGGUAGAAAACCCGGGAAACCCAGAACCAAUGACACGACGCUCGUUACCCUUAAGACCGUGGGUCGACGUUGCACUUGAUUUCCUAGGGCCAUUACCGUGUGGUUCAUAUUUAUUGGUACUCGUAGAUUAUUUUAGUAGGUACAAAGAAGUGGAAAUAAUGACCAGAAUAACAGCCAAAGAUACGGUAGGGAAGUUGGCAAAAAUAUUUACGCGACUAGGGUUCCCGAGAACUAUAACAUUAGAUAACGCGAAACAACUGGUCGGAACGGAAUUUGAAUCGUACAGCCGGGAGCAUGGCAUACAUCUAAAUCAUUCCACCCCGUACUGGCCUCAAGAAAACGGUCUAGUUGAACGCCAAAAUCGAUCGUUGUUAAAAAGACUAAAGAUAAGUGCAGGUUUAGGAAGGGAUUGGAAAAAGGACUUAGAAGAAUAUCUUAUGAUGUACUACACAACACCGCACUCCACAACAGGGAAAACACCUACCGAGCUAUUAUACGGAAAAACCAUUCGUUCAAAAAUACCGGCAUUGGAAGAUAUAGAGACCGCCGUAAUAAGAGAGGAAAUAAGGGAUCAAGACCAAACGCGGAAAUGGAAAGGAAAAACAAACGAAGAUGAAAGGAGACGAGCACGCAAAUCGUCCAUCUCAGAAGGAGAUAUAGUGCUAGCGCAAAAUAUGCUCCCGGGUAACAAACUGCAAACAAACUUCAACCCAAAGGAGUUUGUGGUGAUAGGAAAAGAUGGAUCAAGGGUAACGAUUGAGGACCAAGAAACGAGCAGAUGCUAUAAGAGAAAUGUAGCCCACUUAAAGAAAAUUGAGAAAUUGGUUGAUAAGGAAUCGGGAAUACAGGAAGCGCAAACAUCGGGGGAAACAUUGAGUAAGGACAUAACGCAUUGUCAGAGAAAGAGAAAUCCACCAGCUAGGUUGACAGAUUAUGUAAGAGAAUAGGAAUUUAUUUAGAAAUUAAAUUGCACUCAUAGGUAAUGGUAUAUGGGAAUCCAAUGGGAAUAAAAACAAACAAAAAAAGGAGUGAUGUGGUAUGGCAAACAAGCAUGCCCAUCACUAAGCCAUGAUGACAAACAGGGAUGACAAGUCCGGAUGGGAUGGCGACACGGAAUGAUAAUCCGGUGCGAGGUGCACCAUCCCUAUUGCACGGCAAACAGGAUACGACAGGUUGAGUUGGUACGAGGACAUCAAGCGAAGCGGAGCAAAGUAGAAUACCACAGAGCAAAAUAAUCGUUUUUCUCCCUCUAUCCUCUAUACCGCGCUUGCUUGCACUCACGCGUGAGCGCUCGAGUAUAUUCUCUCAGAACUGAGUAUUCGCAGUUCAACCCGUGCAGUGAGAAUGUAUGUGUUUAUGUGCAUCGAAAUUUCAAAACUCCGUUGGAGCCAAAGCCUCUAUAAACUAUUCAAACAACAACAACGGGAAGUAGAAGCUAGUUCACGAGCUACUCUUUUCGCUACUGUUCAGCGUUUUGAAUCACUUGGGUGCCGGUUCGUUCGUGGAAAUGGAGCUCGUGAAAACCGGUUGUGAGAAUGCGAAAGUGAGAAUGGGAGGUUGGCGUUUGACAGCUAGGCGGAAGCUUGACCACACGAAAAUAUUGAGAAAAUGAAGGGCAGUUUAACAUCAAGUGAAGAUAUAUUCUGAUAAAGAUCGAAGUUGACCCCAAGCAUUUUUGCGAAC